AUGACUGCCAACACGAUCAUCAUGUGCUUCAAAGUGACAGCCAGCUACGUUAGCGACCCAGCUUUCCUGGUCAGUUUGAAGAAAAUUGGAGAACUGACUUUGGGUGCACUUUCCUCAGAGCCCACUCAGUUAGAGGUAGAUCAAGACAAACUGUUCAUCUUCACUGGGACAUCGGGAAGUCAUGCCACCUUGAGGAUAUACUUCACUGGGCUUGUUACGCUUGAUGUUCAACACUAUGGCAAGGGUGACGAGUAUGAAUGGAGCAUGGGGAAAUACAAUAUGGAAGCUAUCAAGGAGUUAAAACGAAAAAUAAAAGAUCAGUUUGGUUCUGAGGUGGAAUUUUUACACUGCCUGUAUACCCCCGUUCGUCGUGGUGGUAAGGUGUGGCCUUAUUACGUUACAGCAGAUGAAAGACUGGUCGAGCCAGACUAUGAUAAAGUUGUUUAUGAGACCAACUCUUCCUGGCAAAAUAUCAAGAUCAUGCACUCCAGAGAGCUUGGGAAUGUUUUGGUCCUUGAUGACGAUGUCAGUAUUGGUGAGAGUGACUCAAUCUACACACAGACCUUACUAGGCCUGGGAACGACAAAGCGUGAAAACUAUGAAGGGAAAGAGAUUCUGAUUUUGGGAGGAGGGGACGGAGGAAUCCUGCACGAGUUGUUGAAGGAGAAUCCAAAGCAUGUUACCAUGGCCGAGGUUGAUGAAGAGGUGAUUAAAACGUGUCGUACUCACUUGCGUAGCGUAUGUGGUGACAGCAUGGAUAAUUUUGAGGGGCCCAACUAUAAGAUCAUAAUUGGUGACGGUAUCCAAGUCAUGAAGGAAAGCCUAGAGCAGGAAAAGAAGUUCGACUACAUCAUCAAUGACAUAAGUGAAUUCGCAGUAGAUAUAGAAAACAAAUACGGUUUUGCGUACAGUUUUAAAACUACUCACUUGGUGAUGGAGCUAGCUCUGAAGUUGCUUAAACCUGGAGGAAAACUCUUGGCAAGGGUGGGUGCUAAUUAA